AACCCGCCCGGCCCGCUCUGCCCCCUCCCGCUCCCCCCGCCGGGGAGGGCUAUUAAAAGCUGCUGACGUAGGAGCGGACGGCCAUCUUUGAUGAGGGCACGGCUCCCGAUCCAUUGAAGAAGGAGACCCGCGGAGGUCAGCAGCCUCCUGUCCUUGCCUCCCAUCCAGCUGCGGCACCGAGCCACCGACCCCGCCGCGCCGCGCUCCGCCAGCCCAGGCUCACAAAGCAGCUGAGUGCAAAUCCUGAUCCGCAGCGUCCCCAAACACCCCCACAGCUAAAAUGGCGGAAGACGCGGAUAUGCGCAAUGAGUUGGAAGAGAUGCAGCGGCGUGCCGACCAGCUCGCUGAUGAAUCCCUUGAGAGCACCCGCCGAAUGCUGCAGCUUGUUGAAGAGAGUAAAGAUGCUGGUAUCAGGACUUUGGUUAUGUUGGAUGAGCAAGGAGAACAACUCGAUCGUGUUGAAGAAGGCAUGAACCAUAUCAACCAAGACAUGAAGGAGGCCGAGAAAAAUUUAAAAGAUUUAGGGAAAUGCUGUGGCCUUUUCAUAUGUCCUUGUAACAAGCUUAAAUCAAGCGAUGCUUACAAAAAGGCCUGGGGCAAUAAUCAGGAUGGUGUUGUAGCCAGCCAGCCUGCACGUGUUGUAGAUGAACGGGAGCAGAUGGCCAUCAGUGGUGGCUUUAUCCGCAGGGUAACAAACGAUGCCCGGGAAAAUGAAAUGGAUGAGAACCUGGAGCAGGUCAGCGGCAUCAUUGGCAACUUACGUCACAUGGCCUUGGACAUGGGCAACGAGAUCGACACACAGAACCGCCAGAUUGACAGGAUCAUGGAGAAGGCUGAUUCCAACAAAACCAGGAUUGAUGAAGCCAACCAGCGUGCAACAAAGAUGCUGGGCAGCGGUUAAAUGCAGAGAAGUGCAUUUCCUUUUAAUGCUGUCCAGCAGGACGGCACCUUCAUGCUUUUAUCAUGGUAUUUAUCUACUAGGUUUGCACACAUGCACAUAUCAGCCCCAUUGUAAAUGUUGUCCUGUGUAGUUUGUCAGCUUUCCAAAAAUGAUACUUGUAAUUAUUUUUUUCUAGAUAUCUUUCUUUCCAAAGGUUGUACAUAGUGCUGAUUUGAUGGCUAUAGCUCACUAUGAUGUUUUUUGGGGUUCUUCCUUUCCUUUCCUUGUUUCUGUUUUGGAUUACUUUCCUUUUUUUUUCCUUCUCAUUUUUCUCUUUUUUUUAAUGAUGUUUGCUGAAUGACAACACUGUUGGAAUGCUAAACGUGCUGUUAACCUUUAAAUAUACAGUAUUGUUCUUGUAAAACUGUGACAUUCCACAGAGCUACUGCCAUGCUCCUGUCUUUGGGUAUCAUGAUGUUUAAGCACUUAAACCUGCUGUCUUCAGUUCUUCAUUGCCAUUAUCUGUUGUUAUGAUUUCAUGAUUAGACAAUGUGAAAUUAUAUUACUAUAACAAGCAUUGCACUAAAAAGUGAUGUGAUUUAUGCAGUUAUGCAUGAGGAAUAAAUAGACUUUUAGACUCCUACUUAAACAAGAAUUUUCCCAUGGCAGUAGCACACCAACAAUGACAACAAAAGCAUGCUCAGUAUUCGGACUCUUUUGGGACUAUGUUAUACCAGCAAGUUUGCAGUUGUGCCACUUUUUUCUUGUUGAUAUAUAUAUAGUUAUUAAUCAUGAUCAUUUUUUUUAAUUAUGAAAAAAAGAGGGAUUUGGCACUCACCAUUUAGCCAUUGCCAGCAAAAUAAAAGCUUGGCUGAAAAUAUGUCAAAGACACAAAGAAAUAAGUGUAAUAUAUUGGGUUUGUCUGCUGCUUUUGAAGACUAUCUUUUGGAGGAAACAACUACCAUAUGAAAUGGUGCAAAGAAAUGUAAUUUUUAUAAGGCUCUCUCUUACUAGUCGCUAUCCCCAUGUGGUUUGUUAUCAGUACAGUUCUCUGUUGCUUACCUAGAGCUAUGCACACCAAAUCGCUGAGAUGUUUAGUAGCUGACAAUUAAAAAUAAUUAAAAAAACCUAAAUGAAUGAACUCUAGAUAAACUGUGAGAUAAAUAUCAUUUACAGCAUGUAAUAUGAAAAUUCCUUAUGUCUCCUGUCAGUUUGUGAAGUGAUUGACAUUUUGUAGCUAGUUUAAAGAUUAUUAAAAAUUAUAGAUCUCAGAA